UCCUUAUAUAAACAGCCAGCAAAGAUCCAACAACCAGUGUGGUCUAAAACACCAGCAUGAAGCAACUUAGUAUUUUUUACACAUUGUAUUUGACACUCGCUCUUUGCUAUUCUGUCAACAGAAUUGUGGCACUACCGCAGUUGCAUAGAUUUGUUGACGAUGAAGAAGAAAAUGCGCGAGCCUUUAUAGAAGAAGAAGAACGUCGUUUGGCUGAAAAAUGUUACGAUUACACAGUGGCAAGCUGGAAUUACAACACAAACAUAAACGACAUCAACCAAGAAUUACGGCUAAAUGCAAGCUUGGAAUAUUCAAAAUUUGCAAAACUUUCGUGGCAGAAUCUGAAUAGAAAAUUCAAGUCGUGGCCUAGCUUUAAAGAUCCUGACCUCAAAAGAAAAUUCAAGAAAUCGACGGUCCUCGGAUCGUCCGUAUUACCUGAAGACGUUUUAGCUCAGUACAAUCAACUCGAAUCCGAUAUGUCAAAGACGCAUAGCACGACUAAAGUAUGUGCUUACCAAAAUUCAACCAGUUGUAACCUCUCGUUGGAUCCAGAUGUGAAAAAAAUCAUGAAGGAAAGCCGGAAUGAACAAGAACUUCGUCACAUAUGGACCGAAUGGCAUAAUAAGUGCGGCAAUCUGAUCAGGAAGCCUUACGAACAGUUUGUAAAAUUGAGCAAUCAAGCUGCCGUAUUGAAUAACUUUAGUGACACGGGGGAUUAUUGGCUAAGCGAAUACGAAUCGGCCACAAUUAAGGAAGACUUUGAAAAGAUUUACGAAACACUCGCCCCACUCUACAAGCAAAUCCAUGCGUACGCAAGAGCCAAACUGCGUGAUGUGUACGCGGAUCAGAUCUCUUCAGACGGUCUGAUUCCUGCCCAUCUAUUCGGCAGUAUUUUUGCAUCUUCCAUGGACGGAAUUUACUCACUAUUGAUUCCUUUUCCUGACAGAGCUUCGAUUGACGUUACUAAAGAAUUAAAUGUCCAGAGAUACACACCAUUAAAAAUGUUUCAGAAAGCUGACGAGUUUUUUACCUCAUUGGGUCUCAUCCCCAUGCCAGAAGAAUUCUGGAAAGAAUCGUUGAUUCAAAAGCCAAAGGAUCGAGAAGUGGUCUGCCAUCCAACAGCUUGGGAUUUUUGCAACGGCAAAGAUUUCAGGAUCAAACAAUGUACUGAGGUCAACAUGAAAGAUUUCAUCACUAUUCACCACGAGAUGGGGCAUAUUCAAUAUUUCCUACAGUACAAAGAUAAACCAUUCACAUAUCGCGAUGGAGCCAAUCCAGGCUUUCACGAGGCUGUUGGUGACACACUAGCUCUCUCGGUGCAGACACCAAAACACCUGAAAGAAAUCGGUUUACUAGACGAGGCUACUCCAAUCGAUGACUACGAAACAUCCAUCAAUUUCCUGAUGGCCAUCGCUUUGAAAAAGGUCGCAUCACUGCCUUUUGCCUACAUAAUCGAUAAAUAUCGCUGGGCCAUUUUUGAUGGAUCAGUAGACAUUUCUCGAUACAACUCGCAUUGGUGGGAACUCAGGAACAAAUAUCAAGGCGUCAAGCCUCCUAUUCAGCGAUCAGAAGAAAAUUUUGACCCUGGUACCAUUUAUCAUGUUGCAUCUCACGUUGACUACAGCAGGUAUUUUGCGGCCACCAUCAUUCAGUUUCAGUUCCAUCGUUCGCUGUGCAAAGAAGCUGGCCAAUACGACCCACAGGAUCCGUUAAAGCCUCUGCAUAAUUGCAGUAUUUACCGAAGCAAAGCAGCUGGAACAAAAUUAACGGCUGGACUUGCAAUGGGAGCAUCCCAACCUUGGCCAGAGGUCAUGAAGUCAAUGACCGGUCAAGAAAUAAUGGAUGCCUCCGCCAUCCGCGAAUACUUCAAGCCACUAGAAGACUGGCUGACCAUAAAAAAUGCAGCACUUGGCGAAAUACCUGGAUGGCCUUCUCUUAUAAGACUACAAGGUGUCACACCUGUUCUGUUGACAGUAGCUUCAGACAUGGAGUGGAGAGUGGCAGCUAUAAUUUCGCUCUGGCUCAUUGCUGGCGCUUAUUCGUUUCCUUCGGUCAGUGACUCCUUCGAAAAUGACUUGGAGUCGCAGGCGCGUCUAUUUUUAGCAGAAUAUGAUCGACAGUCAUCGGAAAAAUGUUUUAACGCAGCUAACGCAAACUGGAACUACGCGACGGACAUUAGAGACGAAACUGAAAAAAUUAAGCUGCAAAAGAGUUUGGAGAAUUCGAAAUUCCAAAAGGAAGCUUGGAAGAAUAUAACAAUUCAGUUCAAAACAAGGGAAAAUUUUCAAGAUCCUGUGCUGGUGCGAACCUUUAAAAAGAUAGCCAUCAUUGGAACGUCUGCUUCUGCCCUACCUGAAGAGAGGCUUAAAGAGUUCAAGCAACUCCAAAACACAAUGUCGAAAAUUUAUAGCACCGCAAAGACAUGCGCUUACGAGGAUGUGACCGAGUGCAAUCUUUCUUUGGAUCCAAACUUGACUAAGAUAAUGAAGGAGAGUCGUGACGAACAGCAACUGCGACAUGCCUGGAAAGAGUGGCACGAUAAAGUGGGUGUCCCCAUUCGACAAUAUUACAAGCCAUACGUUGAUUUUAGUAACGAAAUUGCAAAAACUAACAAUUUCAGUGACGCCGGAGCAUUUUGGUUGCGUGAAUAUGAAUCGGAAACGUUCAAGGAAGAGAUCGAACAGCUCUGGCAAACUUUGAAGCCAUUUUAUCAGCAAAUGCACGCAUAUGUGAGAGCAAAGUUACGGGACACUUAUGGUGACCAGUUUACGGAAGACGGGCUUAUUCCUGCUCAUUUGCUAGGCAACAUGUGGGCUCAAUCGUGGGAAAAUAUUUACUCUCUCGUUGUGCCCUUCCCCGAAAAAACAUCGAUUGACGUCACUGAACAAAUGAAGCAGCAGGGUUACACACCGCUAAAAAUGUUCCAAGUAUCCGAUGAAUUUUUCACUUCCUUGGGUCUAAUCCCAAUGCCACCUGAAUUCUGGAAGGAAUCCCUUUUGGAAAAGCCCAAUGAUCGCGAAGUAGUGUGUCAUGCUUCCGCUUGGGAUUUUUGCAAUAGAAAAGAUUUCAGGAUCAAGCAAUGCACCGUCGUCACAACAGAGGACCUCAUCACUGUUCACCACGAAAUGGGCCACGUCCAAUAUUAUUUGCAAUACAAAGAUCAACCUCUUAUUUUUCGCCGCGGAGCAAACCCAGGAUUUCACGAAGCGGUAGGGGACACAUUAGCCCUGUCCGUUAUAACGCCCAAACAUCUGAAGGAGAUCGGUUUGCUGGACGAUUCGACUCCGAUAGACGAUUACGAGACAUCCAUUAAUUUCUUACUAUCCAUGGCAUUGGAAAAGAUAGCUUUUUUGCCUUUUGGUUAUUUAAUUGACAAGUACCGAUGGGACAUAUUCGACGGGACUGUUGAACCCUCUAAUUACAAUGCGCACUGGUGGAAACUGCGACGGGAAUACCAAGGAAUUAAACCCCCCGUUGAAAGAUCUGAGGAAAAUUUUGACGCUGGAGCCAAAUAUCACGUUCCCGCUGACGUCGAAUAUCUGAGAUACUUUGUCAGUAAAGUCAUCCAGUUCCAGUUCCAUCGUUCCUUAUGUCUAGAAGCUGGACAAUACGAUCCAGAGGACCCUCGAAAGCCGCUCCAUAACUGCGAUAUUUACCGAAGCAAAGCGGCCGGAUCGAAAUUAGCUGCUGGCCUGGCAAUGGGUUCAUCACGACCGUGGCCUGAAGCCAUGAAGGUGAUGACCGGACAAGACAAAAUGGAUGCAUCAGCUAUUCGCGAAUAUUUCAAGCCAUUAGAAGAUUGGCUCAUCUUGCAAAAUGCCAAACUGGCUCAACCACCUGGGUGGCAGUUGGGCAAAACAAGGAAAUGGAUGAAAUCUAACUGGUUUUUACCGUUAAAUAUUUUUACUAAUUUAAAAAUAAAAAAGGCAACCAGCAAGAAAUUUAUGCGGGGCUAUAGAAAGAACAGAAAAACAAAAGGUACAAAUAAAAAUUUAAAAAGGUCAACGUGCUUGUCCCACGUUGUACCGUUUCAUCCCAAAGGUAAUAAGUUGAUGUUAGAACCUUGCGAGUUGCAGUUUCUCGACUGCAGAACAAUCGAUAACAUGACAAUUUGGACACUCGCCAUUGUAGCCUUUCUUUUAAUUUGCAUCAUUGAUGCUUGGAACCUACCAUCAUUAAGGAAAUCGACAAAUGACUUAGAAUCCGAAGCUCAUUCUUAUUUGGUGGAAUUGGAUCAGUUAUCGUCGCAAAAAUGUUACGAAUCGUCUGUUGCUGAAUGGGCCUACGCUACUGACAUUAACGAUGAAAAUGAAAAGGUUAAAUUAGAACUCAGUUUGGACUCGGCAAAAUUUUCAAAGGAAAUUUCGCAAAAUGUCACUGCUACAUUUCCGCUAUGGCGGGAAUUCAAAGAUCCAGACCUCGUUAGAAAAUUAAAGAAAAUCACAAUUCUUGGAGCAGCAAGGCUUCCUGACGAUCAAUUCAAAAAGUACGCGCAAUUGGAAACUGAUAUGACGAAGCAUUACAGUACGACAACAAUUUGCUCCUUCAAAUAUAAAGAAACGUGCAAUCUUUCCCUCGAACCAGAAUUGACAAAAAUCAUGAGAGAGAGUCGUAAUGAGGAAGAAUUGCGCCACGUUUGGACAGAAUGGCACGACAAAAGUGGUGGCCCAAUUAAGCAAACAUACAAAAAGUUUGUCGAAAUAAGCAACCAAGCUGCGAAAUUAAACGAUUUCAACGACACCGGAGCUCUAUGGUUGAACAGUUACGAAUCAGAAACUUUCAAAGACGAUGUUGAGGAGCUUUGGCAAACUCUCAAGCCCCUCUAUCAACAAAUUCACGCUUACGUCAGAGCUAAAUUACGCAACGUGUACGGGGAUCAGUUUUCUGAUGACGGACUUAUACCCGCUCAUCUGCUUGGAAACAUGUGGGCUCAAUCUUGGGAAAACAUUGAUUCUCUUACGAGUCCCUAUCCUAACAAGGCGUCUAUCGACGUCACCGAACAAAUGAUUCAACAGGGAUACACACCGCUCAAAAUGUUUCAAGUAUCUGACGAGUUUUUCACAUCGUUGGGAUUGAUCCCAAUGCCCGACGAAUUCUGGAAAGAAUCUUUGAUUGAGAAACCUGAUAAUCGCCAAGUGGUUUGUCACGCCUCGGCAUGGGAUUUUUGCAACGGAAAAGACUUUCGAAUCAAGCAAUGUACAAGAGUCACGGCAACCGAUCUCGUCAUUGUUCACCACGAAAUGGGACAUAUCCAAUAUGAUCUACUCUACAAAGAUCAGCCAUACUUUUAUCGCGAAGGAGCAAAUCCAGGAUUUCACGAAGCAGUAGGAGACACUUUAGCCCUUUCCGUCAUUACCCCCAAACAUUUGAAAGAAAUUGGGCUGCUUGACGAAUCAAUUCCCAUUGACGAUUACGAGACUUCCAUCAACUUCCUCUUUUCAAUGGCUCUCAAUAAAAUUGCCUUUUUACCGUUUAGCUAUUUAAUUGACAAAUAUCGGUGGGAUAUUUACGAUGGAACAGUUGAUGAGUCUCAGUACAACACGCAUUGGUGGAGACUACGGAAAGAAUACCAGGGAAUCAAACCGCCUAAUGCGCGAUCAGAGGCAAAUUUUGACGCCGGUGCAAAGUAUCAUGUCCCUGCCAAUGUCGAAUAUCUAAGAUACUUUGUGAGCACAAUCAUCCAGUUUCAAUUUCAUCGUUCUUUGUGCAUUGAAGCUGGACAAUAUGAUCCACUAGAUCCUAAAAAGCCGUUACACAACUGUGAUAUCUACAGAAGCAAAGCCGCUGGUUCUAAACUGGCCGCUGGGCUUUCUAUGGGUUCGUCCAAACCUUGGCCGGAGGUCAUGAGAGUAAUAACAGGACAAGAGAAAAUGGAUGCAUACGCCAUCCGCGAAUAUUUCAAACCACUAGAAAAAUGGCUUACAGCAGCAAACGAAGAAAUGGGCGAAAUACCUGGCUGGAAAUAAAAUUUUACAUCUGACAGGGCAAGUGGCCUAGAUAUUUAUCUCAAAAGAUGGCAUUCAAUAAACACAGAAUCGCACUAGAAGCUACAAACGCAAGCAAAUACACCUCCUUGAGUUUAAA